AUGGAUGACUCCAAAUUCAACAUGGAAUCAAAUGAAGUCAGAAAAGGAUCAGCUUAUGAGAACCUCACUCUUUCUAAUAUAGCCAUUUUUUCUUUCUCACUUUCUCUCUACAAUAGUCACAUUUUCUCUCUCUCUCUGUGUAACCAUAACCUUCCUUUCUCUUUCCCUCUAAUCAACAUCUCAUCCUCCAACUCUCCCUAUCUCACCUUUUUGUCUACCUCUCUUCUCUUUUACAAUCAUCACUCUUGUGCUGUUGAUAUUUAUAAUCAUUCCCCAUUGUUGUUUUUCUCUCUCUUUCUCUCUCUCUCUAACCAUCUACUCUUAAUGUCUCUCUUCUCCAAUUGCUCUCUUUCUCUCCAAAUUCAUUCUUUGGUUUUCUUCUCUAUCAAUUUCUCUUCUCUCAGAAAUAAAUCUCAACUGGCACAAAUCAUUCCCCUCUCUCUCUUGUUGCCUUAUUUUCUGCACCAUUGUCCAUGUGGACAUGGGCUUCAUAGGCAAAUAUGCACCAUGGAUGGCUUGGAGGUUUUGAAAGUGGAUGGAGAAGACAAAGAAGGGGAGGAUAAAAGUAAUGUACAAAUGUUUGAUCAUUGGUCGUCACAGGCCACUUGA